UAGAAGACACGCUUUUGUUUUCUAGGAAAGCGAAACUACGUUCUCGAUAAGCCGACGUUCAUCACGUGACGAUAGAAGUGUGGGAUUUGACACGUUCAAUUUGAUCAAAAACAAUGGGACAGAAACCUUCCAAAUUGGAAAGCUACUUUUUAUGUGAUAAGGAAGCCAGCGACAACAUUUACCGGUAUAUUGACAAGAAGGUGCAGCCAAACACGGAGUACCUAUGUAUGUGCAGCCGAACUGUCGACAAGGUUGUACAAUACCUGUACCACAAUCUUCAAACUGAAUUAAAGAAGACUCUGUCAUGGAAGUAUAUUAGUAUCAAGGAGAUCCUAAAGAGUGGGUCUCUCGGCAAAUCAACUGCUGUGAAGGAAAAAUCUGACAUUGAUUUGAUCAUCUUCCUGAACGGUAUUUCCAGCAUAGAAGAGUUAAGCCAGUUGAUGCCCAACAUAGUGAGUUCCUUGAAAACGCUAAUGGAACGAUUAGCUGACGAUCAGUCCAUUACAUGGAUUAGUGAUCUUGAAGUCAUGCGCACCACUAAAUUUUCUCUUGGACUGAUACUCAAAACUGUCAAUGAUGAUGGAACCACGUUUGACUGUGAGAUGGAUUUGUUGCCUUCCCUGGACAUUACAACUACAAAGAGUUUGUUAGAUAUCUAUUCUGAAAUGGAACAGAGCGAUGAAGAUCUUCGACGUUACUAUUCUGCGUGUCUGUCUCGAGUACAGAAGAAUUUCGUCAACGAAAACACCCAGCCUGCCAAAGUGAAGAAUCUAAUCAGGUUCAUCAAGUUUUGGGUAAAGGUUGAGCAAAUUCCACUUCGAUCAUAUUUCAUCGAGCUGUUGGUGAUCUACAACAACAGGCAACAUAAUCGCAAGCACUUGGCGACCUGCCACGUAGAUUUUAACUUCUACGAUCACUUGAAGGAGUGUCUGCGUAUUCUGACCAACUGCGAAACAUUAAAGAUAACUUUCUCGGAUAACUACGACUACAGAAAUUACGGGAAACCACCUUCCUCGUUCACUGUUGUUUUCGGAACUUUGCUUGGUUAUCCUCCAGUUAAUACCAAUGUUCAGACUGUUCCGUAUCUGCUGGACCCAGCGAACCCGUACAUGAACGUGGCAUCAAGUCUUGAAAAAUCACGCAUAGUGAGUCAGAAGGCACAGGAGCUGCUGGACAACUGGGAUCGCAUCUUCCCGUGAAAAUAACCCACAGUAGUGAUUAACAUAUAGCAGAGAACACAAAUAAUCUCUGUUAAAUUGACAUAUUGUUAAUAUUUCAAUAAAAUGUGUUGGCGUGAUUCUUACAUAAAUAAAUGGUUCCUUUCCAAAGAGUAAAUCACAUAUUGUGAGUCGGAAGGAAUAACUUGAGAACUGGGAUCGCAUCUUCCCAUGAACGUAAACAGCAGUAGUGAUCAUUAUACACAGACUACUAAUAAACUCUCUUCAGUUGCGAUUAUUGUCAGUAUGUCAAUAAACCGUGUUGGCGUGAUUCAAACAAAAAUUAAUUAUUAUGGUGGUAAUUCUGUUUUCAGUGGAUGAUCAAUGUUUUAACUGUACAGUGUAUUGGCUACCAUGGGAGAUACUUGUUCUAGACACCUCUUCACCACUAUUAUACAGGUGAGGUGAGGUCAGGUCAAGUCAUAGGGUUUAACGUGCACAUGAGCAAGCUUUAUAGCACACGCCCACCACCCACUCAUCGCCCAGGUCAUAUAGACGUGUGUAAGAUUACGUGACCAAUGAAGAGGAAGACUUUAUGCUUGGGUAUGUUUUUGAAACAAAUACACUGAACAACAAAAGAAACGCGAAUUUUAAUUUAAUUUAAUUUUAUAUUUUAUAUUAUUCAGUUUGAAUUCCAUAAAUUAGGUUUUGUGUCACUUAAGAUCAUCAGUGUCGUGUGAAAAUUUUUGGUCCAUUUUGAUACUCUUUAUUUACCAGAUUAAUGGUAUGAAGAAAAAUAACUAAUUAAUAUAUUCACAUUUAUUUUAUUUCAAAUAUUCUUAACGAAGUUAACAUUUGUUAUGAACCCUUUUAGGAGGGGAAUGGGAGUACCAGAAAACGUGUACAGUGUGUACUCUGGCGAAAACUUUUAUAGUAUUACUGUGAAUGUUAUUUCUGAAUUUGUAUCCAGGAGAUCUGAGAAAUGGCCAACAGUGUGAGUCAGCCUGUAAGCAACUAAUAUUAACAUGCACGUUAUUGAAAGAUAACAAAAUAUGUCUUCAUUUGAAAUUUGCUUUAGCAUUUUUAUUGUUACAAACACGACAAGCAACAGCACAACACAAGACGAGACAAGACAAGACGGUCUAAACAACAUAACAAAACACAUUUUAACACCAAUACACCGAACAAACAAUAUGUUACAAAUUGAUAUGUUUUUGGUAGUCCUAAUGGAAUAAUAUUAGGAGAUAUGCCAGGAUAGAUGUUAAUAUG